AUGGUAACAAUAAUCGACGGAGAGAUYGUCCAAGAUGACGACCCAAGAGCACAAGCCUACAAACAAAGAAAUCGAAGACCAGAACCAACAACUCAAAGCCAAACAGAGCAAACUUUCGACUCGACAAGGAUGAGACAAAGACCUCAAGUUGGUCCUGGAGGUAUCGGAGGWGGAUCGAUCAUUGAUCAGUUCAAUAACAAACUUUUAGCCGCUGGAUUUCCUCGCUGGAAUCUUGGACAAAAUGUGGUUGAGCCUAUUGUUUCAGUUAUGUUGAUUUUAGCGCUAGUGUUCUUUGGACUUAAAGGAGUGCUUAUGGUYGGUCUAGUKUGGUUCUUCUUGAAUCAGGCUGGAGGUCAAUGA